CAAGAUCCAAAUCCAAAUCCAAAUCCCAACGGAAAGCGGUGCAAGACGAAGCAUCAAAACGAAAUUGCCCUCUGCUUUUGUCUUCAUUUACACCUCUCUCUCUGUAUCUCUCGCUCUCUCCCUGUCUCUCCUUUUCUCUCUCUCUCCCUCUCCCUCUCCCUGUCAUGAGGGGUUGCGAGGCGAAAACCUCGCAAUAACCAAGGGAAUUGUUAGAGAGAGAGAAAAGGGAAGAACAAGAAAAGAAAAGAAAAGAAAAGAAUCAGAGAAGGGAGAGAGGAGACGAGGGGAGAAUUUUUUUUGUUUUUUUUUGUUUGUUUCUUUCAUUUUUUAUUUAUUUAUUUCAUUGUAAGAUCGAUCUGGGUUUCAAAUUUUUUUAGGGCUGAUUGAUUUUGAACUAUUGCUGUUGGUGAUUUGAGAGGAAAUUUGGAAGCAUUUUGGAUUUUUCUUCUCUUUUUUUUGUUUAGAUUUGCUUGUUUAAUGUGGGUGUCCGUGAAUCGUUACCACGAACACCCUGAGAUUUUGUGUUUCCCCUCAGAAAAACGAGUUUUCUAUUAGAAAUGGACCAAGAAUCGAGCUGGGAUGGCUCUCCCUCGAAUGCCAUUCAUAUUGCUCCUCACAAACCUACUCAAAGGAGGCUCUACCAUGUCUGGAAAGGAAACAAUAAAUUCUUAUGUGGAGGGAGAUUAGUUUUCGGUCAAGAUGGGACGUCGCUCUUCUUAACGUCAUUUUUAAUCGGCGGUCCUGCAAUAACAUUUUGUAUAAGAAUGCUAGUUGCAGUCCAUAGUGAUCAUCAAGCUUUUCACUUCCCAGUACUGAUUGGAGGAUUGGUUCUUACAGUUUUGGAUUUUAUUUUUCUGUUCUUGACUUCUGGUCGAGAUCCCGGGAUCAUUCCAAGAAACUCAUUGCCACCUGAAGCAGAUGAAGCAGACUUGACAACCCCUUCUAUGGAGUGGGUUAAUCACAGGACGCCUAAUUUAAAAAUACCCCGAAUAAAGGAUAUAACGAUCAACGGAUACUCGGUGAAAGUGAAGUUUUGUGAGACUUGCCUUUUGUACCGUCCACCACGGGCUUCGCAUUGCUCCAUCUGCAACAAUUGUGUUCAGAAGUUCGAUCACCACUGUCCGUGGGUAGGUCAGUGUAUUGGGCUGCGUAAUUAUCGAUUUUUCAUAAUGUUCAUAUCAACGUCUACCAUUUUGUGUAUAUACGUCUUCACAUUUUCGUGGAUCACCAUUGUUCGACAAACUGGCAGUUACUGGAGUGUUAUCUCAAGCGACAUCUUGUCAGUUAUCCUCGUCGUCUACUGCUUUGUAUCUGUCUGGUUCGUAGGCGGGCUGACGGUUUUCCAUAUUUAUCUAAUGUGUACCAAUCAGACGACCUAUGAAAAUUUUCGUUACCGAUACGAUAAGAAGGUCAAUCCGUUUACGAAAGGGCUUCUGGGAAACCUGAAGGAUGUGUUCUGGUCUAAGAUCCCUCCUUCGAUGAUUGAUUUCCGAGCAUGGGUAGCGGAAGACGAGGAUGCGAGCCUACAAUACAGUACUUCAGGAACUGAGAGAGGGUUCAUGAUAUCAAAGGAUAAAUUUGACUUGGAAAUGGACAUGAUGUUUCCAAAGGAAGGUAGCAUGAAGCUUCCUAAUAUGUUGCAAAAUUUGGACUACGCUGAUAUCAAUGAUGAUUUGAAGAAAAAGGAUGGCGUAGAUCGAAAUAUUGCCUAUGCGUUCCCUUCUGUGCAAGAACGGGGCUUACAAAAUUCAAUGCUAAGCGAUUUGAAGGAUAAGAGAACUCAGUAGUAGCACUGUAAUCCAAUCUCAUUACCACCAACAUUCUUGGAGACAACAAAGGUCUCGUGGAGAUAUUUCCUCCAAAACGAUAACGAUAGCAGACGACGGAUUGAGCAUGGAUGUCAAUGUCGAUGUCGACUUGUUUUGACUAGGGAUCAACUCUAAAACGGAUUUGGGAGUGGAUUUGAUGAGGAAAUGAUUUGUAAGUAAUGUGUGUAGGAUCAGCUUCAUUUUCCUCUUCAUUUCUAUGUUGUCCUAAAUCUACGCUUUGAAUUGACUCAGUCCCAAGAGAAUUUGAAAAUACUUGUACCUUUACAAUAGUUUAUUGAGCUCAACAUUGUGAUUUGUGUAACAUA